AUGGCCCCUCCCGAAUCUGCCCAAUUACGCUUUUUGAGCGACGCAGCGGAGUUGAUGAGGGUGCAGAGCCCGUCUACGGCGGCGUAUUUGCUCGGGACGCAAACGCGAAUUCUCCACGAGGAAUUGAAGUCUUUGAAUGUGCGACAGCAGAAGAAGCAUUGCGGUGGAUGUGGUAGUCUUAGACAGUCUCAAUGGACGCAAGUCACGGAGAUCAAACCAAAAAACCGAAGACUCGCGACAUCUAAACCCCAACCCUUGUCUGGCGCGACGGUCUACAAGUGUCUGCGUUGCAACCAACGCAUGGUCCAUCCGCGCAAGAGGAACCUCUCAAAACAAACAUCCAAGGCGUCGUCUCGAACCCCGACAGACACGGCAUCGCCUAGUCCUGCCCUUCCUGCGCUUUCCGCAGAGACAUCCGCGCCGACUCCGCAAACUCUACACGCGGUCGCCGCACCUCCUCCACCUGUCAAGACUGCGGAGAACGCAAACAGCAAGAAACGAGCCAAGGCACGCAAGCAAGGGGGGCUACAGGCUCUCCUCGCCUCGAAAAAAAGUGCGCAACCGUCGCUCGACCUGUUCGACUUUUUGCACUCAACAGCUCAACAGCUCCAGCUUGUUGUUCUCCUCUUCUCUCUCGCCAAUCUGACCUCACGAAAUUACAACGCCUGUUUCACCUGUGAUAUCGUGCCUCCGUCUGCCGCUGGCCUCCUACCCACCAUGUCGGUCUAUUCUCAUGAGGAGGAGCAUGACCCUCAGGCGGAUGAGCUCCGCGAGACGGCUCUAGUCACGUUGGAGGCAUUGAUCAGCUCGUGCAACCAACAAAUGCAGCCCUAUCUUGCCAAUACCAGCCGAGCCGCCCUGAGAUUUUUGAAAUACGAUCCCAAUGUCGCUGAAAUGGAAGAUGACGAGGAGAUGGGAGGCACUCAGGAUGACGGCAGCGAAGACGAUGCUACCGAAGAACCCGACCUCGACGACGACGAGUUUGAAGACUUUGAAGAAGAAGGUGGAUACAGCGAUAUUGAUGACAUGAGCUGGAAAGUCCGGCGCUGUGCUGCCAAGUUGCUCUAUAGCCUGAUCGGCACCUACAGCCACAGCCGUGCUCUGGAGGACUCCACCCUCUACCAGCAGAUCGCUCCCGCUUUGAUCUCCCGCAUAAGCCGCGAACGUGAAGAAAGCGUCAAGCUGGAGGUCGUCUCGACCCUGACGGCUCUGGUACGAAAGACUAGCGAAGGCUCGGUCGUGCUCACCUCGAACGGCUUCCUGGAGUCCGUGGGGGGUUCCAAGAACUCUCGCAAGCGACGUCGGCAAGACAGCGAUGCCAGCAUGGUGGACUUCGAGCCAGGCGUGGGAACAUCAUCGGCCAUCGAUUCCCCCGUCUUUCCCUCUUCUCCCAAGUCUGGUCCUCAGGCAGACCUGGCCCGGUCCGUACCCUUGAUCGUCCAAAGUCUGUUGAAAGUGUGGAAGCAGGCUUCAAUGCCCCUUCGCCAGGCCACCAUUGUUUUACUGAAGAGUCUUUCGCUGAUUCGCUACGGUGGUCUGGCCGAUCACCUUCAACAAAUCGAAGACCUGAUCGCGGAUGCCCUUAAAACUUCAUCUCUCACAGGCAGCUCCGCUGCCCACUCCGGCGCUGCUGUCAGCGCUGGCACUCUACAGAUCGAGACUCUAAGUCUCAUUUCGGCCAUUGCUGAAACACAUCUCUCUGAUGCUCUUCUGCCAUUCCUGAUUGCCCUGGUCCCAGGAGUUGUUGGCGCUGUCAAUGAGCGUAAUUACAAAGUCAGCAGCGAGGCGCUAGGUGCCGUGGAGCAGGUCGUGAAGGCUCUGAGCCCUCCUCGUGUGACGUCCAACGCGCCAGAGGUAGCCAAGCAACUAGAGAAGCUUUAUGAAGUUGUCCUGGCCCGUAUCACUGACACCAGCGCUGACUUGGAGGUUCGCCAGCGGGCCAUCCAUGUUUUUGGUGUAAUUCUGGCACGUACAUCGGGACAGAGAGGGGUCGAGUAUCUUUCUACCGACCGCCGUUCAAAGGGUUUGGCAAUUCUGCUUGAUCGCGUUAAGAAUGAAACCACCCGACUGGCAGCUGUUCGUGCUAUUGAUGACGUCGUUGUUCUUGCAUGUCGCAAGGAAGAUGUGACCAGCGACUGGGUCAACGACGUUACCUCGGAGCUCGGAUCCAACCUACGCAAAUCGGAUCGGGCAUUACGAGGCUCUUGCCUAGAGGCCCUACGCAGCGUAGCCAUGAACUCCAACACCAGAGCUCACCUCAGUCCUGCCACGAUGACCAGUUUGGAGAAUUCUCUUCUUCCCCUACUGUCAGCCCCCGACUUCCAUCUCCUUACUCCUACGCUUAUCAUCAUUGCCAAGCUAGUUCCAGGAAACUCUAAGUCUUUGGUGAACGAGUCUCUCAUUACAUCAAUCUGUUCUAUCGUCAAACAGCCUUUGGUGGGCACUGUCUUGAAGGCGCUGCUCCUUCUUGUGAAGGUGAUUGGAGAAGAAGGAGCUGGCGCUGAACUGAUGCGUAAUCUCCUCCAAAAUGUUGGCAUCACCGGGGACUCCUCCGUUGUCGGCCGUGCCAUUGGAACCCUCCUUGUCCAUGGUGGACCCAAACUCGGUGUUACAAUGGAUGAUUUCUCCACCGAGUUGAGAACCGCCAGGGAUGACAGUCGUAAGUGCCUUGCUCUCGCCAUUCUGGGUGAAAUAGGACUACGAAUGGGUGCAGAGUGCUCGCUUGUUCCGGAUAUUUUCAUCGCCCACUUCGACUCACCUUCUGAUCAUGUGCGUCUUGCUGCUGCUACCGCCCUCGGGAACGCGGCUGCAGGUAAUAUUAAAGCCUAUUUACCAGUUAUCCUCAACGGUCUCACUCCGGCCAAUCCCCAGAGCUAUCUGCUGCUGCACUCGGUGCGUGAGCUUCUGCAGCACUCUGAGGUUGUUCGUCCUGAGCUUGCCCCCUCUGCGCUGAAGUUGUGGCAAGCCCUUAUUCUUGUUUCACAAGAGGAAGAUAACCGUGCCGUGGGUGCUGAAUGUGUUGGCCGAUUAGCCCUCAUUGAUCCCGUGGCCUAUAUUCCGCACUUCCAGGACCAUCUGUCUAACUCGGAUGCGGUCAUUCGCGGCGUAGUCAUCUCCGCCUUCCGUUACACCCUUGCCGACUCGAGCGAUGCCUACAACGAUGUUCUUCGACCUCUGAUACUACCUCUCUUGACUGCGAUGCUUGGUGAUAAGAAUCUAGCUAACCAUCGUCUUGCGUUGACGACCCUCAACUCUGCCAUUCACAACAAAAUGAACCUGCUCCUCCACUCUCUGGAUGAACUUCUACCCUCUGUAUUUGGAGACACCCAGGUUAAGCCAGAGCUGAUCCGCGAGGUCCAAAUGGGUCCAUUCAAGCACAAGGUCGAUGACGGACUGGACCUACGCAAGAGUGCCUACGAAACUCUCUAUGCUUCCCUGGACACCUCGUUCGUGUACACGCACACUGCGGACAUUUUUGAUCGCGUCGUCGCAGGCAUUGAAGACGAGCAAGACAUUCGUGCCAUUUGCAACCUCAUGACCUCGAAGCUAAUGAGUAUCGUGCCGGCGGAAACCGAGCGCCGCCUCGACGCCUUCUCUGAGCGUUACACCACUGUCUUAUCCUUCAAGCCGAAGGACAAUGCCGUCAAACAAGAGCUCGAGAAAGCACAGGAGGCCUCGCUAGGUAUCCUCAAAGUUACUAAGGAGCUUAGCAAGACUUUCCCGGGUGCCGAGGCCUCAGCCGAGCUGCACAAGUGGAAGGGAUACAUGGAAUUUGUGCGGAAGACUUUCGCACAACAAUUCCAGAGCUUGGAUUCUGAGAUCUGA